AUGGAGAAAAAAAAAUCUGAAUCGGUCAAAUUGAAAGAGUAUGAAUCUAUCAUCAGUUCACAAAAAGAACACAUUAGUCGAUAUGAAAAUCGUCUGAAAGAUAUUAUCGUCGCGUACAAGGGAUUGGCAAAAGAAAAAGCGGCUCUUGAACAAUCUCUGCAAGCAUUAGGUACUGGAAUUAAGAAUGCAAGUGCAUCAAAUGUGCAACCUCUCAAAGAAUCAAGUACAGAACACGCAGCAACGGCAUCUGAAGAGCAAGUGCAAAAGCUCUUGAAUAAUAUUGCCACGAUCACAGCGGAAAGAAACCGUAUUGAAGAGAUAUCGAAGCAGGAACGUAACAAACUUCGGCAAGAAUUGUACGAAAAAAAUGCAUCGAUUGAGAAGCUGAUGGAUCGCCUCAAAUCAUUUGAAAAUUGCGCUAAGUAUAGUAAUAACGCAAACGAUAGUACUAAUGCUGUCGAAACAAUGUGUCAUGAAACACAAAAUAAAGAUCAAUCAUUGACUAUACGGGAAUUGAAAAAACAAUUGGAUGAUGAGCAAAAUGUGGAAGAGCAUUUGGAGCAACAAUUUGAAAAUUCUAAAACACAGCUGCCAAACGUGCCAAAACGUGCUUUAGUUUCUAAAAGAAGUAACAAAGUAAUCAACCCUUCUUUGUCAGAAGCUAGUUUCGUAGCUAUUAUUAAUUUAGAAGAGUCUCUAAAGGACAUGCAGAAAGAGAUGAUCAAUCUAAAAAAACAGCACGCAAUAGCAGUUUUGGAAGAAAAACAUCGUGUACGCUUAGCAGAAGAAAACACAAAGCGCUUGAGAGAGAUCCACGAAGAACGUGUUGCAAACUUUGAAUGUCGUAUCCGAGAACUAAGCGAAGUCAUAGGACAGUAUGAUCGUUUGAGAGAACAAGAUAAGAAGAACAUUGUGAGUCUAAAACAAAUGAUUGCGCGCAUGGAAUCAACAUACUCAGUAGAACAUACUGAUUUAACAAACGAUAAUCUGGACCGAGAGUCGAUAGAAGAUGGAUAUGGUACGCAGGAACGACGAAUCGAAAAGCGUGUCAAUGAUGGCUCCGACACGGUUAUUGAACAGCGUGUGCUUGGUUUUCCGCAAGAAGAAAUUGAUUAUGAGCAUGAAGAUAUGCAUAGUGAGCUUGAAAAGUAUAUAAAACGAUAUGAACUUAGCCUGAAUGAAAAUCAAAAACUUCAGAAAGAUCUUCUUUUGAAUCAAGAGUAUAUAGCAGGAUUGAAAAAAAAAAUCGACAUUCUUAAGCAAUCGUCCGCAGAGAUAGAAUCAGAUUUGCUACAGAGGCUUUCGGUCCAGCAGGCAUCAUUUAAAAAUGAAACUGCCAAGCACUCCGAGGUGUUGAAUUCAUUGCAAGCAACAUUUGAAAGUGAGAUAGGUCAUUUACAGGACGCGCUUCAAAAACAACGAGAACGUUCCCUUACUGUGAUGGAUGAAAAGGACGAGGAAAUAAAAACUCUACGAACGUCACUCGAAAUACUUUCCUUAUCGGCGGAGACAUUACGCCAACCAGAUCUUAUUAGCGGAAAAGAAAAGCAACAUUUGUUGCAUUAUGCACAAGAAAUUGCACGAAAAAACGUCGAAAUUAGCGCUCUUCGCACUUCAAAAAAUGUUUCGGAAGCUUCACUUCGCAAAGCUUUGCAAGACAAAGUAAUGAGUGAAGAAAAUUAUAAGGAAACGUUAUCACAAAUGGAAAAGGAAGUUGAUCGCUUGCGCAGAAAUCAUCAAUUAGAAGGCUCAAAUUUGGAAUAUUUAAAAAAUGUUGUUUUAAGUUUUUUGCUUUCACGGGAUACUGAAAGUAAAAAACAUAUGACGAACGCUAUUGCUGCAGUUUUGAAGUUUGAUGCAGAUGAAAUUAAUGCAGUGAAUAAUGUUAAAUAUUAAAUUAAUUGCUAUAAAAUUAUCGAAACUGGUUCAGACAUCAAAAAUUGAUGUAAUAUUUUACACGUUGGUAGUUAGGUGCUUGUAUAGUUACCGGUAGGCUUGGCUGUUUUCAUCAGCAAUUGUAAUGGCUAUCAUAUCGGAUAGGCUGCUGUCAGCACUGGAACCGUAGAAAUAAAUUCGAAUCAUGUGAUGAUUAUAUUAUUUAAAAUGGUUAUAAUUUUUCUUUCAUCCGGACAAGGACAAGUACUAUAGUAAUAGAUUAUUAAAAGUAACACUGUGUUUAUUUUUUUUUCUUUUAAAACUGAAGCAAUAUAUCAUACAUUCAUCCAAACACCAAGUAAUAAAAGGCAUCAGAGAUAAAAAUUGUGUUUUAGCUCCCGUCCGACAGUGUUGGUUGAAUUCUGAGCAAAUUUACCCCCAAUGAUAUCCAAUGCAAUAUUUUAACAGUUUUUAACAGCACUAUUCGAUAUAUCUGUUUUAAAAUUGAGCUAACUACAGGUUGGUUUUUUCAUUCACGCAAAAUGGCAGUUCAAGACGAAAAUUGUUUGCUUUAAUUUUAUUUGAAUCAUAAUAUUAUU